ACCCAAUGGCCCUCCCAUCCUGUUGAGCUGCGAUAUAAAUAGCCUCUGAAGGUGCUAGGUUUUGAGAGGCGGAAGGAGACAGCAAAACGAGCGCACAAAGUGGGCUUAAAUCUAGGCGGUUUAUCUCUCUUCGUUCUCGCCUGACACGCUAGGGUUUUAGUUGUUGAUCUCCAUUCUUCCUUCCUUCAUCAGCCAUGAGCGACGCCAGAGAAGGUCCCGAUAUGUCCGAUCUCCGUGUUGCUUUGAAUUCGGAGGAGAAAGCUGAUCUUGUCAGUGCUCUCAAACAUAAGCUUCAGGAUCUUACUGGGAAGCACUCUGUUGAGAUUGAGAACCUGUCUCCUAAUGUGAGAAAGCGUGUUGAGGUUCUCAGAGAAGUCCAGGCUCAACAUGAUGAACUGGAAGAGAAGUUCAAUGAGGAGAGAGCAGCACUUGAAGCAAAGUAUCAGAAGCUUUAUCAACCACUGUAUUCAAAGAGAUAUGACAUUGUAAAUGGAGUUGUUGAUGUUGAAGGGGAUGUAUCUGAAAGCCCUGCUGCAGAUGGGGAAAAAGGAGUCCCUGAGUUCUGGCUUACUGCAAUGAAGAAUAAUGAAGUGCUAUGUGAAGAGAUAACAGAGCGAGAUGAGGAGGCCCUCAAAUUUUUGAAAGACAUUAAGUGGUCCAGGAUGGAAGAGCCAAAGGGAUUUAAACUUGAAUUCUUCUUUGACACUAAUCCAUUCUUCAAGAACUCUGUUUUGAAAAAAGUCUAUCACAUGAUUGAUGAAGAUGACCCAAUUCUAGAGAAAGCAAUUGGCACUGAGAUAGAAUGGUAUCCCGGAAAAUCCCUGACACAGAAGAUACUGAAGAAGAAGCCCAAGAAGGGAUCAAAGAAUGCUAAACCUAUUACUAGAACUGAAAAGUGUGACAGUUUCUUCAAUUUCUUUAGUCCGCCUCAAGUGCCGGAGGAUGAAGAUGAUCUUGAUAGAGAUGCUGCAGAUGAGCUCCAGGCUAUGAUGGAACAAGACUAUGAAAUUGGGUCAACUAUCCGAGACAAAAUUAUUCCACAUGCAGUGUCUUGGUUCACGGGUGAAGCUGCUCAGGAAGAGUAUGGAUUGGAAGAUGAUGAAGAUGAGGACGAUGAUGACGAAGAUGAUGAAGAUGACGACGAUGAGGAGGAAACAGAUGAGGAUGAAGAUGAGGAUGAAGAUGCUGUCGUCAAGAAAAAGGUAUUAAGAAUAUUAGUAGCUCGAUGAACAUGUAGAUAAUGAUUGUUACUGUGUACUGUUUUGGCUUGCUGGCCUUGUAUUUGUUACUAAUCCUCAUGGUUUAUGUGAUUUUUAUGCAGACGCCUGCCUCAAACAAGGUAUAUUCUCAAUUUUAGUUUGUGUAAUUCAUGAUUUCUUGCAGUUUCAAUAACCUUUGGUCUUGCAUGACGGGUGUGCCCUUUUGAUUAUUGUCUAAAUUUUGCACCAAAUAAACAGAAAGCUGGAAGAACAAAUGCAGUUGAUGGCCCGCAGGGCGAGAGACCUCCGGAGUGCAAGCAGCAGUAAUGCUGAUGGUUAUGUUAUGAAGGAGAAGUGGCCUUGUAUUGUGUCGGUGCUUUCGAUGUCUUGCGGUGAUGAAAUUUUGAUCCUAUGUUUCGAUUUUUUUUUUGUCGGUAUAUCUAUCUGUUGUCAUCCUUGUGUUUGGGUUCUUUUGUCAGUCAUGUGUUUUUUCUGUUGAGACAAGGAGAGAGUAGUUUGGUGGUCUCUUGUGGAGUAAAACGUUUUUCUUGGAUUCACGGUCUGGAUCUAUCAUUACGUUUGUAUUAUAUUUAUACCUAUAUUAUCAAUGUUUAUUCUAUUAUUACUGCUCUCCGGCUCUUGCUUUCCAUGAGUUAU